AUGGACAGAAGAACAUUAAUUCGGAGGACGUGGGGGACCGAUCCAUCAUUCCCACCAAGCUGGAAGACGGUGUUUCUUCUCGGUCAAGCCGCAAACAACAGGACCCAGAAUAAAUACUUAGAAGCUGAAGGAGCAACUUACAAGGAUAUCAUUCGAGGAUCUCAAAAUGAACAUUACUACAACCUAACAUUAAAGACACAAAUGGGUCUAGAGUGGGCGGCAAGAUACUGUGAUUUUCAAUUCCUGCUCAAGACAGAUGAUGAUGUCUUCAUCAAUCCUUUUAACCUGGUGGAAUAUCUGCAAAAACCCGAUACACGUCAGAGAAACCUUUACAUGGGACGUUGUCAACACCGUUCUGCGGUACGUCGGUGGGGAAAGAAUGGAGUAUCCUUGGAGAAAUACGAUAAAAGCCUUUAUCCGCCGUACUGCAACGGACCAGCGUAUGUGUUAUCAUCUGAUCUGGUCGUGAAGUUGGUAGAAUUACUCGACGUCAAAAAGACCUUUCAAAAUGAAGAUGUUUAUGUAGGAAUGUUGAUAGAGAAGAUAGGAGGACCUGUUCCUAUGCACCAUCCGGGGUUUCGAAUUAGGUCGUGUGAACAUUUUGAAGGAACUUUUUCCGUUCAUGGAGGAUUGAACUAUUACUGUAGGAAGAAACUAUUUGACGAGGCUGUGAAAGAGAGAAUGAAAAACUGA